AUGCCCGUUACUCAGACAUGCAGUGAAGGCAGCAGGACCUGGAAUGGAAGGAAGGUUGUGGUUAUCAACACACCUGCUAUUUUUGACACCGAGGACUGUGAUGAACAAACAACCCAUGAGAUCUGUCACUGUGUCGAGCUCUCUUCUGUAGACCCCUCCGCUCUGGUGCUGGUGAUUCACCUGGGCUGUUUCACUGAGGAAGACCAGCACACCAUGAGGAGAGUACAAGAGAUUUUUGGCUCUGAGGCCAUGAAGUGCACAAUCAUCUUAUUCACCCACAAAGACGACUUUCAGAGUGGAGCCCUGGAGCAGUAUAUCUUCCACCCAGAUAACAAACAGCUUCUGCAGCUGAUCCAACAGUAUCAGGGCCGAUACUGCGCUUUCAACAAUAAAGCUACAUGGGCAGAACGGGCUGCCCAGGCUGAAGAGCUGAUGACUAGGAUUGCUGACAUGGUGAAGGAGGAGAAUAAAGACCAUCUGGUGUGCAAAGCACCUGAGAAGCUUCUAAGAGAAGGUGAGACACUUAAAAGUAAAGAUAAGAUGAGUGAAGUGGAAGAUGAAAUGCAAGUGGAUAUGCAGGAAGGAGCUCAAGGGGAAGAGCACUCAUCCAUGAAAACAGCAGGGCCGGGGAGCUGCAGCCGACUCACUGGGGAAUCAGAGCUGAGGCUCAUCCUCGUCGGUAAGGGUGGAGGUGGGAAAAGUGCAACAGGAAACACCAUCCUUGGGUGGGAGGAGUUUCAGUCCGUACUGGAGGCAACAUCUAUUACUAAGACAUGUAGUGAAGGCAGCAGGACCUGGAAUGGAAGGAAGGUUGUGGUUAUCGACACACCUGCUAUUUUUGACACUAAGGACUGUGAUGAACAAACCACCCAUGAGAUCUGUCACUGUGUCGUGCUCUCCUUCCCAGGCCCCCACACUCUGGUGCUGGUGACCCAGCUGGGCCAUUUCACUGAGGAAGACCAGCAUGCCGUGAGGAGAGUACAAGAGAUUUUUGUCCCUGAGGCCUUGAAUUAUACGAUCGUCGUAUUUACCCACAGAGAGGACUUAUGGAGUGGAACCCUGGAGGAGUAUAUCUUCCACUCAGAUAACAAACAGCUUCUGCAGCUGAUCCAACAGUGUCAGGGCCGAUACUGCGCUUUCAACAAUAAAGCUACAAGGGAGGAACGGGCUGACCAGGCUGACGAGCUGAUGAAUAAGAUUGCUCGUAUGGUGGAGAGGAAUAAAGACCAAUCGUUCUACACCGAUGAGGUGUAUGAAAAGGCUGAGAAGCUUCCAAAGGUAAAAGCCAUGUUUUAUGAGAAAGAUGAAAGAGCAGGUCAGUGUUCAAAAGGGGAGGCUGAGCUGAAAGAGUUGAUAAAAACACAAAAAUCCUAUGAGAAAAAAACAAAAAAGUCUAAUUUCUUGGGUUUCGAAGUGCCAAAAUAUCAGUGGUUCAGAAAUGAUGGUAACUGAGCUACGUCUAUUUCUGGUUCUCCUGUGGUUUUACAAGGCUUUGUAGUGGCUCAGGAAUUAGAGAUGGAGGGAAAAGAACUUUUAACUCUUUAAGUAACAUUUUCAAAGCUCCUAAGGGUGUGUCUACACGGCAUUUUGGAGUGCGCGGGAGCACGUCUCUCAGCCCAGGUUGAUAAAAGCCCAACCAAACCCUCAGGCUCCAGAACCCGAGCUUCAGCUCAAGCUGAAGCUUCCCAGAGCUGUCUCUAAAGCUGGU